UACCGACAUAUCUGUAGUUCUGUACACUGUACCUGGUCUCGCGCGGAGCUUUGCUGAACCUGGCAACCAUGAAAUUCUUCAAUAACCUAAAGAUGGAGUAGUUAUUGCAGAUGUGUCAAAAACCAUAGCCAUCCCAUAGCCGACUUGCAAAAUAUUACUCUCUCAAUAACACUUUUGGGCGGCGCCUUGAUUAUUUUGUGUAUUCACUAGUCGAAAAGUCGAAGUUUCUUCGAGUGAAGUUUGAUCAAGAACUAGCCCCCGUCUGCCGCCUCCUCGAGGAGAGGACAAUGAGAAUGGUGUUGUCACAGCGCCAAAAAGAAGAAUUGAAUAGAGCAAUUGCUGAUUACUUACUUUCCAGUGGCCAUGUAGACUCACUUGAAGCAUUUAAGAGAGAAGCAGACAUCAAUGGAGAUGUUGACAAAAAAUACACUGGGUUGCUGGAAAAGAAGUGGACUUCAGUGGUCAGGCUGCAAAAACGGGUGAUGGAGCUGGAAGCCAAAUUGGCUGAAGCUGAAAAAGAAUUUAUCGCAGGGGCACCCACAAGGGAAAAACGCAGCCCCACGGAAUGGAUUCCCAGAGCCCCAGAAAAAUACAUUUUGUCUGGUCAUCGAGCACCAGUUACCAAGGUGGUGUUCCAUCCUGUAUUUAGUGUUUUCGUUUCAGCUAGUGAAGAUGCCACUAUCAAAUUAUGGGAUUUUGAAACGGGUGACUUUGAACGUACGCUCAAGGGCCACACCGACUCGGUACAAGAUGUAACCUUUGACUCCAAUGGGAAAAUGCUUGCUUCUUGCAGUGCCGACAUGUCGGUUAAGUUGUGGGAUUUCAACACGUUCGAAUGCACGAAAACGUUGCAGGGUCAUGACCAUAAUGUUAGCAGCGUCACCUUCCUACCUACAGGCGACUUUCUCGUCUCGUCCAGUCGUGAUAAAACCAUAAAAAUCUGGGAAGUGGCAACCGGGUAUUGCGUCAAGACUCUUUCGGGACACCGGGAGUGGGUGCGGCAGAUCAGAGUAUCUCCUGAUGGUCUUUUACUCGCCUCUUGUUCCAACGACCAAACCGUCCGCAUUUGGCUUCUCUCAUCCAAAGAAUGCAAGAUGGAGAUGCGAGAGCACGAGCACGUAGUCGAAUGUGUAGCCUGGGCGCCAGAAUCUGCGACAGCAGCUAUUCAAGAGGCCACAGCUUUAGCUGCCUCUUCCUCCAACUCGGCACCCACUGAGAAUCAUAAAAAAUCCAAUCUCACGGGCCCGUUCUUGGCAUCCGGCUCUCGAGAUAAAACCAUCAAGAUCUGGGAUGUAUCCACUGGCUUGUGUGUUUUGACGUUGACUGGGCACGACAAUUGGGUACGCGGCCUGGUAUUCCACACGGGUGGCAAGUAUUUGCUAAGUGCCGCUGAUGACAAGACGCUCCGUGUUUGGGACUUACGUCACAGGCGGUGCCUCAAAACACUCGAAGCUCACCAGCACUUUUGCACGUCUUUGGAUCUCCACCGUACGGCGCCCUACGUAGUGACGGGCAGCGUCGAUCAGACGGUCAAAGUCUGGGAAUGUCGCUGAAAAAAGGGAAGCACGGAAAGAGAAGAAGAAAAUCCAGCGCUAACAAAACAAAUAAGGAUAAUACCGAUAAACCAGAUAAAAAGCUAUCAAACUAAUGCGGUUAUUUCAUAGAACCCUUAAAUAUUAUUUUUUUUUUUUGUUAUUUUUUUUUUAUUUGCAUCUUUAACUCUCCAAAAAUUAAAACAAACAAACAAAAAAAAAAAAGACAUUCGCCACUCUUCUUCUUCUUCUCCUUCUUCUUCUUCUGUGAAGUGUAAAAAUCCUCCUUCAGUCUCCUUCUUCACAAACAUCCUCCUUUUUUUUGCAGCAGCAGCAACAUAAAGCCGGGCAGGGCGCGGUGUUCUCACAGUGUGCCAUUGUUGGUUCUAUUUCAAACAAAAGCAAAAAAAAACAAAACAAAAAAAAAGGAAAAUUGGAAAGAAAAAUAAUAUCUACACCCUCAAUAGCAACAGAGAUCGAUUCAGAGUGGAUUUUUUUGGUUUCAUUCAUGCUUGAAAGCUGACGCACUUGUAUCUCUGUCGAAUAACGGCGCACUAUACAACUUCUUCUCCAACAAAAAAAAAAUAAUAAUCAGUAUGUCCUGCAUCUUUCACACAGCCUUUCAGAAUAGGUCAAAAGAAAAGAAAGCAUCUGUGUUUCAUUCCUCCCUUCCGCGCUCCAGUUUGUUUUGUUUGUAAAAUGUUCCCUUCUUUUUCACACCCGGGCCUGUACAUGCUUUCUCUUUUUUUUUUCUGAACUUUCUUUUUUUUUCAUCCUUCUUAGUUUUUUUCUUUUUUCCAGAACGUGGAGGAAUAACGGAAAAAAGUUCUUUCUUUUAUUUUCAUGCCAUCAUCGUUUGUUAAACGUGUAAAAAUCACGAAACCCCUUUUUUUUAAUUUUUUUUUUAUUUUGUAGUUACAUUAUUCAGAUUUUUUUUUUUUAAAACCUCCCGGUUGUAUUUCUGUUUAAUUUUCUUUCUUUAGGUGCGCCUGGAAAAAUUAUAUUUAAUUAUAAUUUUUUUUUUUCACCCUUCUUUCCCUGCCUUUUCGUCUGACCCUCCGCCUUUUCUUACUCCCUCCUUGAUUAUUAUAAUUAUAACGAUUAUUAUUUUGUGGUUAAAUUGUUUAGUUAUCAUCUCAUUACCUUAACUCAAAUUCAAUGUUUUUUUUUUUUCCUUGUUGCCGCUGCUGCUGUCGUUUCGGCAAUACAUCCACCAUGUGGCAAUGGUGUCGAUAACGAGGCCUGAUUUUGAAAUCCAAAACAGGCGAUUCCUGGCUAAUAGAAUUGAAGAUCUUUUUUUUAU